AUGUCGCAACCCAAUCAUAAACCAAGCGGGAAGCACAAGAGCCGGGGUCCAGAUUUUAUCUGCAAGCCUCGUUUCCGGAAUACACUUCCUGACGUGCCUUUCCCUGGAAAAUUUUUGCCAUGCCCUUUCGUGGAAUUGGAAAGGUUCAUUGACUACAAGCCAACUUCCUUGGAAAUGGAGUACAAAUUUGAAGUUCAAUGUGAGAUGGAUAUCGGAUUAAAUCUUGAUCUAAUUGAUCCCAAUACAUACAAAGUCGACAACAGCUCUGAAAUUCAGCUUAAUGAAAAGGACGCAUUACUUUUGGAAGAUGAGGACUCAAAUGCGAAGCAGAUAAAGAGGGGGAUGCAGGACGAUGAUGGCGAGCAAUUUGUGGCACAUUUUAUUCCGACGGUGGAAACCCUACAGAAGACACUUAAUGACAAGGAAGAAGGUCGAAGUUUUGAAGAAGGAGCAGUAUAUGAACAUACGUUAAAUCGCGAGUAUACUUGGACAGUGAAGAAUAAAAAUACGAAAGGCUUCGAACGCGAUAACUACUUCGUAUACUACAAAGAUGGAUGUUUCCAUUAUAAUGAGCUAGAAACUAAAGUACGGCUGGCACGACGGCGCCGCGCAACUCACGAAAAGCCCAACACGCGUUUGAAUAUUACAUAUACGGUCCCGACUGAGGUUGAAAUGCAACAGAUGACGAGUAGAAUGAACUCUUUGCUCCGGAAUUACGAUUCGGACGAUGAAGGUGAAGGAGACAAGGCAUCGGAUAAGUCUGACCACGAAGAGCAGCCAGAGAAGGAAAAGAAAAAGAAAGUUGAAUCGGGUGGUUCAGAAGGCUCAAAUAGCGAAAAGGAGAAUAGUACGGAUAACGAGAAGGAUAAAGAUGGUGAUAGUGAUGAUGGUGAUAGCGGUAGUGAAAAUAAAAAGAGUGAAAGCGAAAAGGACAGUACGGAUGAAAGUGACUGA